AUGAGGCAAAUGCCAGGUAUAAUAUGGAACGCAGCUGAUAAGCAUUCCGGACCAAUGAGAGUCAGCAUAAGCAGAUGCGAAAGAGUGGCUGUUUACGUCGUUGAAUGGAGCAGAUCUGAGAAGUGGACUAAUUUCCGAAUCGAGGAGAACUUCACACCCUUCACAACUACGAGUAUCAUACGAGGGCAGUAUGGAAUAAUACAGUUAUCGGCGGGGGCAACCUCGAUUUCUCUACAACAAUGCCUUGCAGCAGUGAGACCGGCCGGAACCCUCUUUGCAUCAGUUCGCCACCAACCCUUUCUCCCGGAGUCAGUGUACGAGCGGGUGGAUCAACACAACAGGACAAGUCUUGCUUUUGCUCGGAGUCGUCAACUCAUGCGGAACAUGGCUUCUAGUCCCAAGAAUUUCACCUCCGUCGCCAACCAAGCCUUGCGAGUGAAGACCAUUCUAGAGGCGGCGGCAAGACGUAUUAGGGAGAACCGCCUUUCCCCACUGUCGGAAUCUUGCCAAAUUGGGAAACGCGCAUUGACCCUGACUGGGGUCAGGGAAAGAGCUGCCAAGCAUGGAUACAAGUAUAAAUCUGCAAGGCAGAGACUAUCAUGUCUAUUUAUCCUCCAAGUACAAUCUUUCGAUUUGCUGUCCACACUCACCACAUAA